GUGAAGCCUCUAGAUUUACUACUAUAUCAAUAUGGUAAUAAAAUGGAAAACAAACAGACCGCUCAACAAGAUACCUAUGAAUCCACAAUCAGCGAAUGACAUACGACCGCCAGCAAGCAAUCUCAGCUCAGAUCCGAAGCGAGGAGCCGAGAAGCAAAGCAACGACGACGGCAAAGACAGCCGAGACAAAUGACGGCGACAACGAGCCAGCACCAGCCGUCGGGGUCGGAGCCAGAGGAUCGGCGGCCAGAGCCAAACCCAGGCAUGCUGGGUUCGAAGGAACCCAGGCUUGGGUUCCUCGAACCCAGCACGCCUGGUGCCUCGACCCGUGCCUGGGUUCACCCAGGCUGACAGGUGUGCAACACGCCACAAAGAUUAAAGCUCAGAAGAAAAUCACUGGGAAGAAAGAAAUAUUCGCAACAGGAAAAUCAGAAGGAAGAAGGAAAAUGGCGUUGCAGUGGAUGAUACUGACGUACGUGGUGGCAGCGGAGGCGGCACUGGCGCUCCUCGUCACUCUCCCCUCGCCCAAGCUCGUCAAGAAGCGUCUCGUCUCGCUCGUUUCUCUCAUCCUCCAACCAGCACUCUUUGUCGUUCCCUUUGCCGGAUUCCAGCUAUUAGAUAUCUACUGGAAAAAUGAGCAUCGCUUGGUGUGUACUUCUGAGAUCUGCUCUGCUGCUGAGAGAGAUCGAUAUGAGAAAUCUAGCCUUAAUGGUGGAAGUCAAAACCUAAAUUUCUUUGAGCAAAGUUCAUUGCUCAUGGGGACAGCAUAAAAGCAUUGUGUACUGUAUUGUACCUAUACCUAAUGGAUAUUAGGAAUGGAACUCCUGAUAUAAGCAAAUUCUAAAAUAAGUUUAUGAUUUAUUUGAAUUGCUGUAUUAGCUCGAUGAAUACAUGAAUCCCUGCCAU